AUGCACGAGAUAGUCGCCGCCUCUGCUGCAUGCGGAGUGUCCCCAAUCGUACGGGUUACUGAAGGCCAGCACUGGAUGAUCAAGCGUGCUCUGGACUCCGGCGCACAUGGGAUUCUUGUGCCUACGUUGGAGACGGUGCAAGAGGCGCGUAAUGUGGUCAGGGCGUCUAAAUUCCCGCCACAGGGAAACAGGGGCUUUGAACCGCUUUUGGCUGUUGAGAAGUUCGUUGAGCAGCGUCCGCAUCGGGGAGGGGUUAAGGAGCUUACGGGGAGGGAAUACCUGGAACAGGCAAAUAGCUCGCUUGUGAUUGCUGUACAGAUUGAAACGAAGUCUGCUCUGGAGAGCGUCAAGGAGAUAGCUCAUGUGCCUGGUAUUGAUGUGCUGUUUGUGGGCCCCUUUGACCUGGGUGUGAGCAUCGGGCAUCCUAUUACCGGAGGGAAGAUGGAUGAGACACUUUGUCGGGCUGUUCAGUCGGUGCAAGAGGCUGCGCAGGAAGCCGGUAUCGCUUCCGGGAUCUACUGUGACAGUGGCGAGGAGGCGAAGGAAUGGGCGAGCAAAGGAUUCCUCAUGAACAGCGCCAUAACGGAUAUGAUCGGGCUUCGACAGGUGGUUACUCAGACAUUCAAGUGUGCAUUGUAA